AUGAACGCGGAAGUAACCGACAAAGACGUUAAGGAUAUAAUAAAACACAUUAACGUGGUUGGAAGUGCCAAUGGACGUACUGGUGAAUGCAUAAAUGGAAGUUCUGAAGACUUUACAAAUGGCUUCGAAAAUGACGGCGCUGAUGAAACUGCCACAUCGAACGAGUGUGAGUUUCCACUGAGCAAAAAAAUAAAAAAGCAGCACUACUGUUACGAAAACUUGUCAAAAGAGUUUGUGCUUACCAAUCCCACAUACACCCAGCAGUUCAGUGAGAUAUAUUCGAUUCGCAUUAAAAUAAUGAAAAAGCUACUAAUGAGAACUGUGGAAGCGUUAAAUGGUGAAGAUAUAAAUAUAAAAAAGGAGGAAGAAAGAUAUAAUAUAUUAAACUAUUUAAAAGAAAUAAAAGUUAACGAGAAAUGUUAUUGUAUAGGUACUCUUUUUAAAAAGAUGCAGUUAAGACCAUCUAUUCUGAAGGAAUAUUUAAGUGAAAUAGAUUCAUGUGAUAAUAUUAUUAAUUACUCGCAUGAUGAAGACGUUCUAUUUUUAGAAGAUGAAACAGCUAGAUUGAAAUUAGAAGGAAAUAUAAAUAGUGCUGAUUACAUUACAGGAUUGACAAUAAUAAUAAAAGGAAUAGGUAUGAGUAACGGGUCAUUGUAUGUAGAAGAAUUAAUAUAUUCAUACACCCCCAAAUUAGAUAUACAUACUUGUAUUAGUAAUGAUAAUAAGUAUAUAUUAUUUGUUUCAGGAUUAUAUAUUAAUGAACUAAAUAAAAAUGUAAAUAAUUUAUCUUUGUUAAGAAAUUUCAUUUUAGGUCUACAUGGAGAUAAAACACUUUCUGCAAAUUUAAUUCGAUUAGUAAUAGUUGGAAAUUCACUUAGCAAUAUAAAUAAUGAUGAAAAGGAUUUAAAUACAAUUGAUAUAUUCCUUUCUUCUUUAUGUUCUGCUGUGUAUGUAGAUCUAAUGCCAGGUGAAAAAGAUCCUAGUGAUGCUAAUUUACCUCAACAACCUUUUCCUAAUUUUUUUUUUAAGAAAUCAAAAAAGUAUAACUCAUUUCAGUGUGUAACAAAUCCAUAUAUUUUUUCUAUCGACAAUGUAAAUAUUUGUUGUAUGUCUGGUGAAUCUGUUCAUAAUAUUAUUUCUUAUUCCCAAAACACCAAAAUAAAUGCACUCAGAAUGAUAGCCAAAAGUCGAAUAUUAUCUCCUACAUCCCCUGAUACCCUAGGUUGUUACCCCUUUACUAAAAAUGAUCCUUUCUGUUUACAUGAUGAUAAAACUUAUCCUCAUAUUUUUGUUAAUGGGAAUUGCAAUCAAUUAGAAAUUGAGUAUAUGCAAAAUGGAACAAAUAAAUUACCUCUCUUAGUAUGCCUCCCAAGCUUCGAUAUUACCCCCAAAGCUUUACUCAUUAAUAUAAAAAAUAUGCAGUAUAAAAUUUUAACAUUCGACACACACAGUGCCCCAUAA